GGAUUCAACAUUCUUAUACCGGUCAUUGAUCGAAUACGAUUUGUUCAAAGCCUUCGAGAAAUCGCCAUAGAAAUCCCUCAACAAGGUGCGAUCACUCUAGACAACGUGCAGUUGCAACUGGAUGGAGUGCUAUACUUGCGAGUUAUCAACCCUUACAAAGCUUCUUACGGCGUCGAAGAUCCCGAGUUUGCCGUCACUCAAUUGGCUCAAACGACCAUGAGGUCGGAGGCAACUUGUUUAAAAUAUCCCAAUCUUCAUGUCUUCGUCGGUAAGAUAAAUCUGGAUACGGUUUUUCGGGAGAGGGAACAGCUCAAUGAAAAUAUUGUUGCGGCUAUCAAUAAGGCAGCUGAACCAUGGGGAAUUCGCUGCAUGCGAUAUGAAAUUCGUAGGUUACUGAUCCAUCUCGUUUUAGCUGUCAGCAUGCCAAGAGAUAUGCACAUGCCCGCAAAAAUACAAGAAGCCAUGCAAAUGCAGGUUGAAGCUGAACGAAAAAAGCGAGCUGCUAUCUUGGAGUCCGAGGGAACCAGAGAGGCUGCAAUAAAUAAGGCAGAAGGAGAAAAAAGGGCCGCAGUACUUGCCUCAGAAGCUAAGGAAACAGAACAGGUGCUUGAUCAGUAAAC